AUGGGUGAUCGCAAAUUGACGGACGAGGCAGAGGCCUUCUACAUUGCUGUAUACGAGACCGUACAGCGCAUACCUCCAGGAAGAGUCACGACAUACGGCCACAUCGCCCGCCUGAUAGACGCGCCGCAGAACUCAAGACAGGUCGGGGCCGCUCUCAAAUAUCUCCGGCACGCGUCCUUGACCGUCCAGCCAGACUCUGAAAUCCACGAAGACCCCGAUCCGUACAACGAUCCCGCCGAUCAAAUUGACGAAGAGCCACCAUCUGGCAGAUUCGAUACCGAGACUGUGCCGUGGUGGCGCGUCAUAUCGUCGGAUGGAAAGAUUGCAGUCCGCGCAAGAGGAGGCAUGGAUCUACAGGGCGAACGGUUAACUGCCGAAGGCGUCGAAGUGCGUAACGAUAGCAAUAGACGGCCACGACUCAUCAGUCUACGGGAAUACGGCUGGUUCCCCCCUGUCGACGACUCAGACUCGGAUUGA